GCGGUACUUGUCAGCUCAAUCCAACAGAAAAUCGGUUUUUUCGGAAGGUGAGCCGCCCUGCCAAGGGAGCGCGAGAUGGCGGCUGCGGCGCAACCUGAGGCAGUGAUCGAGGUGGCCGACCGCCCACCCUCACCGAAACGACCGAGCCGCGCCCUAAAACCGAGUGCGAAAGUCCGUGAAGCGAUGCAAUCGCUGGAGGAUGCGGCCAUUACGUCGAGAAGAACCGCAAUCAAUGCUACACGAAACACCGCAUCGAGAGGAACACGCGUACUGGGAAGCGGGAGCGGAGCCAACGGCCAGGCGGAAGCGGGGAAAACAGCGCUCCAAACACUCCUAGAAGCAAUCAACGAACAACAAAACGAGACGCGCGGGAUAAUUGCCGAACAACGGAACACAAUCUGCGAACUGCGCGACGUGGUCAGCAAACAACAAGACGCGAUCCAGCAGCUCUGUGAAGAGUUGAAACAAGCCCGCGACGUGGUCUACAAACAGCAAGACGCGAUUCAGCAGCUCUCUGAGGAGCUGAGACAAGCCCGAGACCAGAUAGACGCCCUCGUACGCAAC